AUUUUAAAAUUGUUUUGCAAAAUUAUUGGAAUAUGUAGAAAUACUGUAACAAUAUCAUAUAUCAGAUUCCAUACGUAGUUAAAAUCAAUGGUACAUUAACCAAAGGAAAGUAGACUGGGUAUUCUGUAGAUUUUUGUGUCUAAUUAUAAUCUGGGGAUUUUCAACGGUGGUUAUCAGACAAUAGUUACAGGUACACUACCACUUAUUUAUGGUAUCACAGAGUUCGGGCCCAAAACGGGCUUAGCACCUGUGCUAGUUACAAAGAUUGAUCAGGAUGGAUGACAUUCCCCGUGUAUCAGAAGUCCUGUACGUGGGUCUGUGUCGUGACGUGGGGACACCGACAGAAGUGACCGUCAGAAGGGACGUGUGGGACAUGAGGGAAAUGAUAAAGAAACCUGUACAGAUAUAUGGAGGAGAGAGAUCGAUGUUAAGUGGUAGUCAUGGAGAAGGAUUCAGGUUUAAAUCAUCGGACAUGGACUUAAUGUUCUGGUUUUGUGAUCAUAAACUGAUAAGCGAUAUCUCACAGGCCAGGCUUUACGAUAGAACAAAACACGACAUUAUACUGAUGGAGGACAGUGAUACACCGCCUGGGUUUGUCAAACUACAGCUUCUGACGUCAACACAAGAUGACGUCAUCGUAUCAACAGCUGUUCCAGUCAAUGACAGAAUUUAUAUCUCAAGUUUGUUAUUGCAACAACUAACGUUCGAGCAAGUUAAAAAUAUCAAAAGUUGCCAAAACAUUACUAGUCACGGUCCUUGUACUAAUGCUUAUACUGGAUCUAUUGAAUUUGAUUAUGCUGUAUGUUUUGCCGGUACACACUGGCCUGCUCUAACACGACCUUGGAUUGAAAGAUGUCUCUGGCAUACUUGGCCUCCUGCAUCUGUGCUUGCAGAAAUUUUAGAAAAUGGAUAUCACUGUGUGCCAAUAGGAAGUAAAAUUGAUUCUAGUGGAAACCUAUUAGAGUGGAGAUUGUCGUUUUCUCAAGCUGAAUAUAAACUAGUGUCUACCAUGAAUCAUACACAAUUUCUGGUUUACGGACUUCUGAAAAUAUUUCUAAAGGAGAUAGUCAAUUAUGGUGUGGAGGAACCAUUGUUGUGUUCUUAUUUCCUGAAAACCACCGUAUUCUGGAUGAUACAGGAGGGAUCUGUUGAGUGGCGCCCUAACAAUUUACUGAAUUGUUUCUGGAAGUGUUUCAAAUACCUCAUUCACUACGUUUAUCGUGGUGUGUUCCCGAAUUUUUUCAUCCCACAGAACAAUAUGUUUAUUAACAAAGUUGUAGGUGCUGCUCGCACGGCCUUAUUGGAACAGCUUUAUCGUUACUACAAUAUGGGCGUGUCCUGUCUCCUGCUCAGUCCAACCCUUAGAUCGAUCUUAGAGCCAGCCCUCAGUAGUCUGACCUUUGUGAUUCCCUCUGCUGAAGAACACAUUAAAGCUGUUGUAGAUUUAGAUAGCACCGCGAUGUGGGAGAUAUUUUCUAAACAUAUGCAUACAGCUGAUGAGUUACCACGCCUUUUAAUUCUAUUGUCAACAGUAGACAAACUAUCACACUUAUCACUCUCACCAUACCAAACAUUAACAUUACAGUAUUUUACAGCUGAAAUACUCAUUUGCACGGCCUUCAUGAUGGUAAACAGCACUUCAAACAACACAUGUAAAAAUGUAUACAAGGUAGACAGAAUUGUGUGUAACAUGCUGAAACUGGCAUCAAGGAUAGGCCCUGUGUCAUAUUCAUUGUAUCUCGCCUUGUAUUACUAUAGAACAGGUAGAUAUAACGAAGUACUCCGUGUGACUUAUCUCACUAAACAAAGACUAUCACAGCCCUAUAUCAUGUAUCGCAGUGGUCAUGUAGACAGACAGAGAUACAGUGAGGCUGUAGGUAGUCUGUCCCUGUCUAGGAAAAUGAAAACAGCCUGGGUAGCCAAUGUGAAGUUAAGAAGUGAAGUCCACUAUAUUGAUGAAUUAAUCUUAGAACAGGAAGUGAGUAAACAAAACGAUCAAAACGUCUUAUACAUUUCCCCCUUUGUGUUGACAGACAUGCUAUUGGUGUUAUCUCACUACAGACUAGGUAACAGAUCCCAGUAUCUACAGUCACUGACAGACCUACAGACCCUGCUGCUCUAUGAUGAUGGCAGAUAUGUACCGUUACACUUCAGGGAUCUGUCCUGGCAGAUACUGGGGAUCUGUCAGCAUGUUGUGGGGGACUUACACGGGGCGUUACAAUCUUAUCGAGAAUCACUCAGACAAGAACAAUACCACAACAUAAAGACAGCUACAGAAAAUAGAAUAGUGUUUGUUGAACGUCAGUUACACAGAAAUAUGCAAUCAUAAACACCAUAUUUACUACUAUAAGCUUUAGGGACAUGUUGGAAGAAAUAAACAGCCUGUGUUUUAUUGCGACCCUGUUCUAUUCAUAGAGAUAAUCUACCUAUUAACAAAAUCUAAGUCCCAUACCCCUGAUUGAUUGAUUGAUGUUUUUCUGGGGAUCUGUCAGCAUGUUGUGGGGGACUUACACGGGGCGUUACAAUCUUAUCGAGAAUCACUCAGACAAGAACAAAUCCACAACAUAAAGACAGCUACAGAAAAUAGAAUAGUGUUUGUUGAACGUCAAUUACACAGGAAUAGGCAAUCAUAAAACAGUGCACUUCUACACUUUUUUGGACAUCAUGUAUUGACAGAAAUAAACAAUGUUUGUGUCUGAUCGUGGCCCCGUCCUACAUGUAUGAAUUAUAGUAUCCACCAAUCAACACAAAACAUAAAAGAUAUAGAAACUAGAACAGGGCUUGUCGAACUUUAGUUAACUGACACUUGAGUUGUGUACCUUGAGAUAUCAUGAGAUACUAGCCUCACAACAUAGACUAAGUCAAAACUGUCGCAAAAUGUCACUGUGCAUUCCUUCUCCUGUGUUUUACAUCCGUACAAGUAUUGUGUAUAAGGGAAGGAUUACCCAUAUUUCAUUUUCAACCAUUUUGUCAUAUGUUAAGUUGUACGUACAAUUAAACUCCCCGUACACAGUAUAAAUCCUCAUAAAAUAGUGUACCGCUCAACACUUCAACAACCAAAAUACCCCCCACCCACCCCCCACCCCCCCAAAAAAAAUCUAGAAGACAGUGUGACUCACCUCCGCAAUGGUAUAGCAUUACGUCAUUUACAUGACAUCAUUGUUUAGACAUGUAAUUUAUGUCUUAUAUCGUAUUACAUAAGGUAUUGUAUAAUUAAAAUAUUACCUAAAAUA